GUUUUUAGGUUAUGUGAUAGUGCCAGAUCAUGACCGAAUUCAAUAUUUUAUAAGAAAGUAGUCUACAUGAAAGAAAUGAAUCUAUAAUAACUAUAUUCAAUGAAUAUAUUCUUCAUUUCUUUUUAAUUUUUAUGUAGAAAAAAUAUAUAUGACUACUAGAACUAAAAUACACUUGUUAAAAGCUACUAGCAAGUCCAAUGGAGAUACGAAAAACUGGGAUCCUCUUGAGAAAACUGAGAGAUUUAUUUAAAGAUGGAGCGCGUAUCAAGGACUCACUACAGGCAUAUAUCAUCCCACACAAUGAUGGACAUUUGAACGAGUACAUUAGUGCCAGAGAUGAGCGGUUGGCGUUUAUUUCUGGGUUCACGGGUUCUUAUGGUACAGCCAUUGUGACAGAGACCAAGGCCGUGCUAUGGACUGACGGCAGAUAUACCCUGCAGGCCAGGAGUCAGAUGGACGACAAUUGGAGCCUUUUCACUGAGGGUUUGGCCGACUCGCCGACACAGAGCGGCUGGCUGGUUGGGGAGCUGAGUGGAGGGCGAGGGCAAGCGGCCAGGGUGGGAUGUGACCCACACCUGUUGUCCUACACGGCGUGGGCCACAAUGGCCUCGCAUCUGCACCAGGCCGGCAUCCAUCUUGUGCCCAUCGACCACGUCAAUCUGGUCGACCUGUUGUGGGCCGACCAACAGCCCCCGCCCAAUAGCCGGCCUGUGGUGCCAUUGCCUGUCAAGUAUACCGGGAAGCCUAGCAAGUGCAAGGUGGAGCAAGUGCGUGCGUCGAUGCUGGAGAAGCAAGCUGAUGUGCUGAUUGUGACAGCCUUGGAUGAGAUCGCCUGGCUGCUCAAUGUGCGCGGAUCUGACAUCGAUUUCAAUCCGGUUUUUUUCGCCUACGCUGCCGUCACUCAGGCCGAUGUGCAUCUGUUCAUUGACGAGGCCAAGCUCAGUGAUGCCGUCCGCGAUCACUUCAGUGACGAGGGCCUCAAGGUCACCAUCCAGCCCUACGAUCGCAUCAAUGCGUUCAUUGCUGAUCAGGUGUCGCGACUAAACAGCACGUCGAACAAAGUGUGGGUUUCGCACUGUUCUCCCUACUCGCAAAUGCUGAUGGUGCCCGAGAAGAUGCGCGUGCUGGAAGUGUCGCCGAUAGCCCUUCUGAAGGCUGUCAAGAACGAGACGGAGGCGCAGGGCUUUGUCAACUGCCAUCUCAGAGAUGCGGUCGCCCUUGUCUGCUAUCUGGCCUGGCUGGAGGGCCAAUUGGCCGGAGGGCAUGUCGUCACUGAGAUGAGUGGCGCUGCUAAACUGCUCCAGUUCAGAAAGGAACAGGAAGAUUUUGUCGGUGCCAGCUUUGAGACGAUCUCGUCGGCGGGGCCGAAUGCGGCUAUCAUACACUACAACCCCACCAAGGAGUCAGACCGACAAAUCACUACCAACGAAAUCUAUUUGUGUGAUUCCGGCGGCCAGUACAAAGAUGGCACAACUGACGUGACGCGCACUUUGCACUUUGGAACGCCAACUCAGUUUGAGAAGGAAUGCUUCACUCGUGUCUACAAGGGACAGAUUGCUAUUGCUACGAGUAUCUUCCCGAAAAAGACGAAGGGAAUGUUGCUGGACCCACGUGCCCGCCAAGCACUAUGGGAGGUGGGCCUAGACUAUCAGCAUGGCACCAGUCACGGAGUGGGCAGCUACCUGUGUGUGCAUGAGGGCCCCAUGGGCAUAUCCUGGCGGGUCUAUCCGGACGACCCAGGCCUGCAGGAGGGCAUGUUCCUGUCUAAUGAGCCUGGUUACUACGAGGAUGGCAAAUUCGGAAUCCGCUUAGAAGAUAUAAUCAGGAUAGUGCCAGCCAAAACCCCAUACAAUUUCGCCAACAAAGGAUUUCUCACGUUUGAAACAAUUACAUUCGUACCGAUUCAAACUAAAAUGCUGCUACCUCAACUACUCACUAAAGAAGAGAUUUGUUACUUGGACAACUAUCACAGAAUGUGCAGAGAUAAAAUCGGCCCCCUAUUGCAACAGAAGGGGAAAACAGACGCUUAUGAAUGGCUAUGUCGGGAAACUGAGCCACUAGGACAGUGCCUUAUCUAAAAGAAGAAAAAAAAAUAUUUAAAACAAGGAGAAAAAGCUUAGUUGGCUGCACUCUAGCCAGCAACACUGAAUAGCACAAACAACAUACGCCUACUCAACAAUAGUAAAGUUCACGUUAUAAUAGCAGUAUUUAAUUGAAAAUAGUGUUGCUAUCCUUUUCUAUCAUUUGAUAGAGCUUCGCAAUGUUGUCAGUUUGACAGAAAUAUUAUUUUUACUUUUGACAGUGACUGUACAGAUGUGUAAACAAAGAAGUUUUAUCC